ACCGGAAACCGAGCCGUCAAAUUACAGUCGAGUUGCUCACACAACCAGAACGCCACUGUAUGGCACGGCCACAGACCACAACAGUCCACAUACCUUCAUAGAUGUCUACGACUGCAAAUUGCUAUCUGCAGUCCGAAUUUGGUUCUCCUCCUGUUGUUUCUGGUGGAAAUGGCGGUGAAUGAGACAGCUUCACAGUUAUCGAUGGCUUUGAAGGUUCAAGAAUACCCAACUUUAAAGGUGCCGUAUGAAACGUUGAAUAAGCGUUUCCGCGCGGCUCAGAAGAACAUCGACCGGGAGACGAGUCACGUGACCAUGGUGGUGGCCGAGCUGGAGAAGACCCUUAACCACUUCCCCGUCGUCGACUCGGUGGUGUCACUGCUGGACGGGGUCGUGGAGAAGCUCAGCGCCCUCAAACGAAAGGCUGCAGAGUCCAUCCAGGCUGAAGAUGAGAGUGCCAAGCUGUGUAAGCGGCGCAUUGAGCACCUGAAGGAGCACAGUAGUGACCAGUCAGCUGGCGUCAACGUGUGGAAGAAGAAGAGGAUGGACCGCAUGAUGGUGGAACACCUGCUGCGCUGCGGAUACUACAACACCGCCGUCAAGCUGGCACGCCAGAGCGGCAUCGAGGACCUGGUGAACAUUGAGAUGUUCCUGACGGCCAAGGAAGUGGAGGAGUCUCUGGAGCGCCAGGAGACCGGCACCUGCCUGGCCUGGUGCCAUGACAACAAGUCCAGACUUCGCAAGAUGAAAAGCUGUCUGGAGUUCAGUCUGAGGAUUCAGGAGUUUAUCGAGCUCAUACGCCAGAACAAACGCAUGGACGCUGUCAGGCACGCGCGGAAGCAUUUCAGUCAGGCAGAAGGAGGGCAGCUAGAUGAGGUCCGUCAGGUGAUGGGGAUGCUGGCCUUCCCCUCCGACACGCACAUCUCUCCUUAUAAGGUCUACCUCCAAAAAAUGGCUGCCACGGAUUGCUGUGAAAAGGAUCUUCUGGAUCCUGCGCGCUGGAAGAUGCUGAUCCAGCAGUUCCGCUACGAUAACUACCGGCUACACCAGCUGGGGAACAACUCUGUCUUCACCAUCACUCUACAGGCCGGCCUCUCCGCCAUCAAAACCCCGCAGUGUUAUAAGGAGGACGGUACCUCAAAGAACCCGGACUGCCCGGUGUGCAGCAAGUCCCUGAACAAGCUGGCCCAGCCCCUGCCCAUGGCCCACUGUGCCAACUCACGCCUCGUCUGCAAGAUCUCCGGCGAGGUGAUGAACGAGAACAACCCCCCCAUGAUGCUGCCCAAUGGAUAUGUGUACGGAUACAACUCCCUCCUGUCUAUCCGCCAAGAUGAGAAGGUGAUCUGCCCCAGAACCAAAGACGUCUUCAGCUUCUCCCAGGCUGAGAAGGUCUACAUCAUGUAACGCAGAGGGAGAGCCGUCUACUCUGGAGUCAGUGGCGAAAGCAAAACAACAGGCAUCAGAGACGGAAAAGCAGCAUUAUCAUCACCGUUACAUAUAUAAUCCAGUCAAGGGCUUGACAAAUACAAAGGCCUCUCUCUGUUGUGAGUGACGGAGGCCCCAAGCACCGGACUAUGCGCUCCUGUGUGUGCACUGCACUGCGUUGGCCUGACUGACAGAGUUAUAAGGAAAAGGGGGACUGGUGACUGAGUGCGACUGCAAAUUGUUAGGGGAUGCACAGCAGUUUUGUUUUGAAAAGAAAAGAAAGAAAGAAAGAGAGAGACAUAGAGAGCAAAAAAGAGAGAAAGAAACUUGCUCUUCUUGAAAUAAUCUUUCUGUAAACGAAGAAAGACAAACUUGCUCCUGAAUAAUCUUCCAUUGUUUUACUUAAUUGUGGUGUAGAGAAAAAUAAAAAAAAACGGGAUUCAGGUUUGAAUUCCAGAGAUGUUUGUCAUAGAUGGUUUUUUAUCCAGCAGGAAUUACAAUAAAGAACUAAACUGGGGGGUUGUUUCUCGACAGUGUCGUUGCUAACCAAGUUAGCAACUUACCUGGACCCCAUUUCUCGAAAGCAUUGUUGCUAACCAGUUAGCGACUUACUAGGUUUCCAAUGGGAAAUUGCAUUGCAACCAAGUAAGUUGCUAACUUGGUUAACAAUGAUGUUGUCGAGAAACGCACUCCUGGUUGCGAUGCAACUUCUCAUUGGCCACCUACUAAGUUUCUAACUGGUUAGCAGCGAUGCUUUUGAGAAACGAGGGCCAGCUAUAGGAGUCUCUGUUAUGAGGUGCACCUAAGCACGCUGCGUUUUGGUGUCCGCCGCAAUUAGUUUGUGUUUGAAGUCUGUGAUUAUAAAAUCCUGCAGGGGUUUGUCAGUAUUUAAAAAGAAAAGCAAAACGAAACAAAAACAAGUAUACAGUGACUACCGUUUGGUGUGUCAGAUAGGCUAGCACAACGACAAAAAAAUGGUCUGGAAAAAAAAAGACUGCCAAAACAUUUUAAGAAUUAUCACGAUUUUGUAAUGAGUUUCUGGGCUGUCAUUGGUUUGAUUAUAUUGAGGCAUCUAAAUGGCCAAAUACACUGGCUUUUGUUUUGUGUUGCAUCUCCAGCCUGCUCCUGACAUAUACUAGGGUAGUCACUUAUGUGUUUGUUUCUGUUUUGUUGUUUUUUGUUUGUUUUAUUUGGGCUUUUGAUGGAAAGGGGAUAGGGUUGUUAUUGGACCACAGCGUACUGUGUUUGAAACAAAUAAUUAGUUUGUCAAUAUAUGUAAAAGGGGUUGAUCCAAUUCCAUGCAAGUGUACUCCAAUGCGUCAUGUUAAAAGAGAUGUAUGCAAUGUCUUUAUUAGUCUAGGGCACAGCAACAACCUGUGGUUCACCCGAGAUCCCUCUGUGUACACGUAACAUGCCGACAACACCUUUGAGGAAACCACCAGCUUUGACUGUGACAUCAAGCGGUUUGUCAAGGUGCCGUGUGUCACUCUGUUACCGUACAGAGCAUCAACGUACAGGGGGUGUCAAAAACAUGUAUACACAACCUCAAUCAUUGUAAAUUUGAUGGUGUUUUUAAAAUUCAUGUACAAACCACCUACUUUUGAAGUGUAAUAGAAUCCAAAGACAUGUUAUUGUUUUUAAUCACCAGUUUUCAAAUUUCAGUUUUCCAACUGACAUCUAUUCUGGUCCAGGCAGUAUGACGAGGUGAAUCACACGCAAUUCUCGUGGUACUUUUGUUCAGUCACUUUCAAUGAUUGCAUUCACUUUCCUUCACUCUUGCAGAGUUCAUUACAUUACAUGACAUGGCAUUACACGUAGCUGACGCUUUUAUCCAAAGUAACUUACAGUUAAUAUUUGACAGGGUGUUUGAUACAGUGCCUGGAGCAAUGUGAGGUUCAGUGCUUUUUGCCGAAGAGCAGUUCAGCCAUGGAUGGUGGUGUAGGGAGAGGUCAGAUGGGAUUCGAACCUACAGCCCUGAGAUUGAAAGACCACCUCCCUGGUAACCGUUAGGCCAUGGUUGGAGACUUAAGAUAUCAAUUUGAAAAUAGCUGGUGACAAAACAAUGAAAUGAUUUCUGUUGCAUUUUGAAAACUACUUGAAUUUUUAACAAACGCCAACUUAACAGUGAUUUAAAGUGUGUGUGCAUUUUUGGAACACCCUCUACCCUGUACACACCCAAAGAUGGAGUAUGUAAUUUUAGUCAUUUAUUAUCCAAAUGUAUGCUGUCCAUUCACAAAUGUUGAUCUUUUCGUGAAUAUUUACUAAGUUAUAAACUAAUAAUUACUGGUCUGGUCUGACCAAAAUAGAGUGUUUUGCCGUUGAAUAAUAAUAAUCUGUUCAAAAUGGCAGACAUGGAGAACAUCCAACUUUUUUGUAUGAAAAUGUUCAAGUUAUAAUGAAUACUUACAAAUUGAUCGUGGCGGUUAAUAUUCAUGAAAACGAUAACAUUGAAUGGGCAGCAUAAGUUAUUGAAAUAAACAAAACAAAAAAAGUGCAUACUCUACCUUUAACAUGACUUUGCAGACCGCCUUGUUGGUUUGUUUUCAUCCACAUUCAAGAUCUUAGUGUAACAUGUUGAUAUUUUAUUUUUCUCCCCUUGAGCGAUUAAGUUUUUGAAACUGCGGGUGGGCAGUGUCAUGCAUGUUUUUACUAAUGGGGUGUAAAAAGAAAUUAAUUUGCUAAUAAAGGUUUGUUAAAUAAACUAAAA